UUAGGAGAUCCCAUUCCCGCCACAACAUUUGCUCCCCCAAAUCAAUUUGGGAAGAGGAGGUGUUAUGCAUAACACAUUUGAAGAUAUACACAGCCAUUGGAAAAGGGCUGAGGCUGUGAGAAUAAAGUGCUUGAGGCUGUGAGACAUGGGCAAUAUUUGCUUCCAUCUCGACUUCUCGAGGUUUCAAACCCUCAAAAACUCUGACAUUCUACUGAUGUUGUGGAAGCCUUACGCACCAAUAUAUCCCAAGCUAGUGAAGAAUGUGGCUGAUGGUCUAACAUUUGAAGAAACUAAGGAGAAGCGAAACAGAGGACUUAAUUCUCCCCCUCUAGUGAAACUCACUAGAAAUGGCGUGAAUGUAAACGUGGUGGAGAGAGUGAGGACAGCAUUUGAGACUGAUGAGUCACUUUGCUUAUGUUUGGAGCUUUUGAGUGAAGAAAAGGAUUAACUAUAAGGGACAUCAGUGAAGCACUUGAAAUUAAGGCACAUGAUUCCAGCUUUGCAUGAGUAUAUUCCUUAAUGGUUUGCGGUUACUGGUCUCUGUUAUUUUAAAAUGAUAUAUACAUUAUCGUUGGUAGAGAAAUGAUCUUUAGACUCUUGUUUGUGGCUAUUGGAAGACAGUAUGAGAACAGAUAUUGUGUU